AUGACAAAACUCCUCGGGUGGUGUGGUUUGUUUGUCAGCAGCAGCGAGGAAGUCUCCAAACUCACAUCUCAGCUGGACAGAGAGGAAGACAUCAAACUCACAUCUCAGCUGGACAGAGAGGAAGUCUCCAAACUCACAUCUCAGCUGGACAGAGAGGAAGUCUACAAACUCACAUCUCAGCUGGACAGAGAGGAAGACUACAAACUUACAUCUUAGAGAGGAAGACUCCAAACUUACAUCUCAGCUGGACUCAUAACAGAGAGGAAGACUCCAAACUUACAACUAAGCUGUAUUACAGAGAGGAAGUCUCCAACCUGACAUCUCAUUGAGGAAGACUCCAAACUUACAUCUCAGCUGGACAGAGAGGAAGACUCUAAACGUACAUCUUAGAGAGGAAGACUCCAAACUUACAUCUCAGCUGGACUCAUAACAGAGAGGAAGACUCAAAACUCACAUCUCAGCAAAGAAGACUCCAAACUUGCAUCUCAGCUGGACUCAUCUCAGCUGGACACAUUCCAGCUGGUAGACGGAGGUGGGAAACUAACCUGCUGCUUCCUGACUCCGCUCUGAUUGACCAAACACGACGUGUGACUGAUCAAUGACCUGGAUGCUGCAGCUCUGACCAAACCUGUUUUUUGGACAGUCAAAGUCUGUCUCUAUAUAUAGUCUGUCGGUAGAAUCAGAGAGAAUGGUGGAGACUUCUGCAUGAGGACAAGUAGGAGCUGUUGGAAAAAUGAGUAAAAAAUAUGAAUCAGCAAACGUGUCUGAGGUGGAGGAGCACAUUUCUCAGAAGUAUGAAAUCAAGAAGAGACUUGGGAAGGGGGCCUAUGGCAUCGUAUGGAAGGCAAUCGACAGACAGAGCGGAGAGAUCGUGGCUGUGAAAAAGAUCUUUGAUGCCUUCAGAAACAGGACUGACGCCCAGCGGACAUUCAGAGAAAUCAUGUUCCUUCAGGAAUUUGGUGAUCAUCCCAACAUUGUCAAACUUCUAAAUGUCAUCCGAGCCCAAAACGACAAAGACAUUUACCUCAUUUUUGAAUACAUGGAUUCUGACCUGCAUGCAGUGAUUAAGAAAGGCAACCUCCUGAAGGACAUCCAUAAACGUUAUGUGAUGUACCAGCUCUUCAAAGCCGUUAAAUACCUGCACUCAGGAAACGUUAUCCACCGAGACCAAAAGCCGUCCAACGUGCUGCUGGACACUGACUGUGUGGUCAAGCUGUGUGAUUUCGGCCUGGCCAGAUCACUCAACCAGAUCCAGGAGGACAGUGGGAAUCCUGCGCUGACGGAGUACGUGGCGACGCGGUGGUACCGAGCCCCUGAGAUCCUGCUGGGGUCCACAAGGUACACUAAAGGUGUGGACAUGUGGAGCCUCGGCUGUAUCCUGGGAGAGAUGCUGCUGGGAAAAGCCCUGUUCCCUGGGACAUCCACCAUCAACCAGAUAGAGAAGAUCAUGAGUGCCAUACCCCACCCGAGCCCAGAAGAUGUUAUCGCAAUCAAGUCUGAAUAUGGAUCUUCUGUCAUUCAGAGAAUGUUACUGAAACCACAGGUUCCUGUAGAGGAUCUUCUCCAGCCGUCUGCGCCUCCUGAUGCUCUGGACCUGCUGAGGGGUUUGCUAGUUUUCAACCCAGACAAGCGACUGACUGCAGAGCAAGCCCUCCAACACCCAUAUGUAGCCAGGUUCCAUAAUCCAACGAAGGAGCCAGCUUUUUACUAUGAUGUAGUGCUGCCAGUGGACGAUGGUGUACAAUUAUCUGUGGUUCAGUACCGCAACAAACUUUACGAGAUGAUGGUGGAGAGGAGAACCAAUCAGGGGAUGUUGAGACUGAUCCAGCCGAAGGACAGAGAGUGUGUCAGUAGCAGGGAGAGGCCCGGUGUGAAUGAUAAAGUGGAGAAGGGGCCGGUGGCAGUGAAUGGAGAUGGUCAUGGCGACAAUGAGGGGAAACCAGCGCAUGAAAAGUCUGAUGAAGAAAAACAAGUGCCUUCGGAAGAGGCCGUUGCCAAACCCGAACCUGUGAUUGUAUCCACCCAGCCGGCUGCGGAGAAGAGUCCAUUAUCAAGCCCAGCCUUAGGGAAACCCACAUAUAAUCCCAUCACACAUGCCCCAAAUGGUUAUGUUAGGAGUCCGGCUGCUCCUCCGCAGUACCACCACUCCACUGCAGCCAGUAGGAAACCUUUGGGACAGACCAGUAAUGAAAGUGCAACAACAUCACCAACAGAGGGCGCUAACGCAUCCAUGGACCAGAUUCUCCAGCGUGGUCGCUCAGCCCCUGUGGCUCAUAACCGUUCCUUUUCCUUGACCCUCAACCAAACGCAGAACAACCUGCUGUUGCGUAAGGAUGAGUCACCUUUGACCUCCGGGCUAUCGGUCACAUCUGCACGUCUGAACCAACGCUCCAACCCUCAGGUUCAUGAGGCUCGUCCCCCAGCGCGGUUCAGCAAGAAAGUAUUUCAGAGUCACUGUAACGUGGCAGCUGCCGGUGACCCUCGAGCCAAGCUUGGUAGUUAUUCCCAGGCCUAUGGUACGAUCAAUAAGACUGAACUGGACAAUCUGCUUCGAAGUCGUCCUUCCAACAAGUGACUGCUGUCGUGUCAGUGGUUGCAUAGAGCCUGGGUGGCACAUGUCGAAACACACAACAAAGUCUGUCUUGUAAUAGGAUGAUAGAGGCGUGAGGUAAACUGGAAGAAAUGUUGUAAGGAGAAACAGUUAUUAGGUCAAACACAUCUUGUGUACUGUGAGUGUAACCAUGGAAACAUGGAUUUCCAUUCUCUGUCUGUGACAGUGAAUAAAUAUUUUUACAAUGAA